AGAAUAGAAGAUCUGAAAGGUAUCAGAGCACUGAUUUCGAGGAAAUGGAGAAGCUAAGAAGAGAUUGGCUACUCUAGUGAGCUGUAAUUACCCCAACACCAAGAACAAGCUGAAUGGAUGCAUCAAUGACAUGUUGGCUAUGAAAAAUGUCCUGGUGAAAAGGUUUGGGUUUGAUGAUGCUCAUAUCAAGCACCUAACUGAUGCACCAGGGUCCUCGGUUAUGCCUACUAGUGCCAACAUCAAGGCGGCACUUGACCAGAUAGUGUAUAAGGAUAAAGUAAGGGAUAUCCUGUUUUUCCACUAUAGUGGCCAUGGAACUAGGAUUCCUUCUGUGAAACAUGGCCAUCCCUUUAGACAAGAUGAGGACAAAUUAGAUUCAAUGUUCUCCAAAUUGGAUGAAAGCAUUUUGCUAAAUGGGUUCCAAGCAAAUGAGACGUUUGUAAACGUGAGUGAGAGUGAGGGCAGAGGGAAGGCAUCUAGAGUGUUUAGCAAUGCGGUGCAGAUGGUGCUGAAGGAGAACUUGGGUCUGUUAAGCAACAAGGAAGUUGUGAUGAUGGCUAAGAAGGUUUUACAGGCAUAAUGGUUCGAGCAACAUCCUUGCUUGUAUUGCAAUGAUGAGAAUGUUGAUGCUACCUUCUUAUGGCAGCUUGAAUGUUAGCUUUUAUCCCAAGUUUAAAUAUUUUCCCUUUGGGAUUCAUUAAUCCAUGCUUUCAAUUUGCAAGAUCGUGUGUUGGAAUAAUAAGUGAUUUUUUAA